AUGUCGCAGCUGCGUUGCUAUAAUUGUCGUGAGCUGGGGCAUAUUGCUAUUAAAUGUCCGAAUCACACUCGCACCGCUCUGUUUUCCAGCCCAGAUCAGGAAGUCCAAGAUGCUGGUACAGUUCAUUUGCUGCCGGAUGAGGAUGAUCUGCUGGGUGAAGCAUGUUUCUGCUCACCCCCUCCACCUGUAGAAUCUGGUCGGUUGCCCCCUACUAAUCCCAGCGCCGCCAUGGGACCAGCAUCGGAGUACACCGUCGCUGGGUACGUGAAUGGUACCCACGUCUCGAGCAUCGUUGUUGAUACCGCGUUUGGCCGCACCAUGGUACACGGGACCUUGGUCUGGGACCAGGAUUUGUCUGGUGAGCCUACCUCCAUUUGUUGUGCCCACAGUGAUGUGGCCAGUUACCCCAUGGCCGAUCUGACCAUCACCAUCGACGGCAUGGUGUACUAUGUCAAGGCAGCAGUGUCCGAGCACCUGCCCCGUCACGUGUUGCUUGGCCAUGAUGUGCCCCACAUACAUGAGUUGGUCCGGCUGUGUCAGCCAGUCGCCACGGGCGUCUUGGUCUCUACACGUGCACAGGCCAAGGCUUCACCUGAGUCGACUGGUGCUGCUGAUGCCACCCGUUUCGCCGACGAGCAACGGCGUGACCCAUCUCUUAGCCCAUGUUGGGACUAUGCUACUGGCCGACACAAGACACCCGUCAAUGGCAGUACCUUCUGUGUUCGCCAGGGCCUCCUCUACCGAGAAUACUCACCGGAUGGUGUAGCUGGGAUGGAUACCACCAGCCCCUACUACCGCCUUCAGUUGGUUCUGCCCAAGGAACGGAGAUCCACCAUUCUGUACCUCGGCCACACCGUCCCCAUGGCUGGCCACAUGGGACAGGCGAAGAUAUCCCAGAGGAUUCUUCUCCGUUUCUGGUGGCCGACUAUUCUUCAAGAUGUCGAGCAGUAUUGUUCCCGCUGUGAACCAUGUCAGCGCACCGCCCGUGUUCUGCGUCACGAUCGGGCGCCACUUAUACCUCUUCCUGUUAUUGGCGAGCCCUUCCGGGUGGUAGCUAUCGAUAUUAUCGGCCCCUUGCAGCGUACGCAGUCCGGCAAGAAGUACAUCCUCACCUUGGUGGAUUAUGCAACCCGCUAUCCGGAGGCAGUCGCUCUUUCCAAUAUUGAGUCGACUACCGUGGCUGAUGCGUUGAUCUCCAUCUUUUCCAGAGUAGGACUGCCAGACAAAAUCCUCUCUGACCAAUGCUCCAACUUUACAUCGGACGUCCUCCGGCAAGUUGCUGCUUUACUCCGUAUCCAGCUCACCACAUCCACUCCGUACCAUCAACAGACCAAUGGCCUUCCUGAACGGUUCAAUGGUACCCUCAAGAGUAUGCUUCGUCGGUUUGCUGCUGAUGCGCCACGAAGUUGGGACGAGGUGCUCCCAUAUGCUUUAUUUGCGUAUCGAGAGGUGUCUCAAGCCAGCACUGGUUUCUCACCAUUUAAGCUCCUGUACGGCCGCCAUGUCCCACUGGAUCUCGUGCGCGAUGCUUGGGCUCAGCCAACGGAGGAGCUCCGGACUACUACUGCCCAGUUCGUCCUCACCAUGCGGGACCGGCUUGAACGCAUAUCGAUUGAGGCUGGCUCCCACCUUGCCACGGCGCAGCAACGGCAGAUGGCCUACAAUGACCGCCUGAGUCGGGAACGCACAUUUGCUUCCGGCCUCGGCUUGCAAAAUGGAAGCCGUGUGGCAAGGCCCUUACCCUGUUCGGCGUAA